UCUCACCACUCUACAAUGUCCUCACUCGAUUCUCAUGUCUAUGAUGUCAUUGGCAUCGGCUUUGGCCCCGCCAACGUAGCCAUCGCCGGAGCAUUAUUGGAUAAAUCAUCCCUCCCAAACGCGAUUCAGCCAAACGAUGUCCUCUUCAUCGAAAAGCAUGACCAGUUCAGAUGGCACCCAGGCAUGCUUCUCCCAGACGCUCGUAUGCAAAUCAGCUUCCUCAAGGACCUCGCAACUCUCAGGUGUCCCACCUCGCCUCUCACAUUUACUUCCUACCUCCACGACCAAGGCCGUCUCGUCUCUUUCAUCAACCGCGGCAGCACCAUUCCCACUCGCAAGGAGUACUCCGACUAUCUCACAUGGGCUUCCGAGUAUGUCCAGCACAGAGGAAUCCGUGUCGCAUACGGCCAAGACGUGGUAGCCCUCGACAAAGGUCCAGAUGGCACCGUCCAAGUCCGUAGCACAAAUCUCUCCACUGGUGAACAACUGGUUCGCCGAGCUCGUGACCUCAUCAUAUCUCCUGGAGGAUCUCCGCGAGUCCCUCCCGCUCUUGCUUCCAUUAGUCCGAAUCCCUUCCUUCUUCAUACAUCCGUCUAUCUUUACCGGAUGCCCCCCAUCCUCUCAAAACUCACCGCUCGCAGUGCUGAACAACGUCCACUCCGCAUUGCCGUCAUCGGCUCUGGCCAGUCUGCCGCUGAAGUCUUGUUGGAUCUUCAUAACCGUCUGAGUGUCAUAGACACUGCAGGCCGAGGCAAGCACCAACUUGAUAUGAUCAUUCGAAACGGGUCCUUGAAACCCAGCGACGAUUCACCUUUCGCGAACGAGAUCUUUGACCCCGAUUCUACCGAUGUCAUGUUUAAGCUUCCUUCGGCUCAUGCGCGAAAACAUGUGCGCACAGAAUACCAGAGCACCAACUAUGGAGUUGUUAGCCCUCACACUUUGGAGAACUUGUAUGAAAUUAUGUAUGACCAAAGGAUCGACGACGCCGUGGAGAAACGCACCAAUCGUGCGAACAUGUCUACCCACCCACGCAUCACCAUCAAGCCGUACUCCGAGCUCCUCACUGCUGAACUCGUAGACCCAGCCGACGCGACAGAAUCGCAAGUGAACCUGGUAUUCCAAAAUACCCUUUCGCGCGAUAUGUACGAGGCUACGUAUGACGCCGUCAUAUCUGCUACAGGGUACGAUCGCCGAUCUUGGCUGAGCCUCUUGACGUCUUCUCCCGUUGGAAAAUACUAUGGCCUCUCGUCCGUGUCUGGUGAAAUCCACUUGGCAUCCACGACAGAGUUAUCGGAGGACAAGCGCAGUUUGGCGUUCCAGGCCAUCAACACCAACACCAACACCCACACCAGCGAUACCAGCACCUCAUCCGCCGUGAGCUCCCCACCAAGCUCACCAGGCGGAUCCGUCGGUGUGCGUACACCCCCCGUCUCUCAAAAACUCUACGUCUCGCGGAACUACCAACUGUUGCCUGUCUCACCCAGCGGCGACGUCGUCGACGCUCCGCUUGAUGACUUUAAGGCCCGGGUGUAUCUGCAGGGAUGCACGGAAGAUACGCAUGGGCUGAGCGAUACGCUGUUGAGUAUUGUGGGUGUGAAGUGCGGAGAGCUGGUGGAGGAUAUCUAUGCUGGUAGGAGUAGGACGUGAUGCAUGAGAUGGUGGAUUGUGGCCCAUCGGGGUUUUCUAUUUCUUUUUCUUGAGAAUAAAUCCUUCAUUCAACGCAUUAUGGUCACUUUUUUCUUCUUUUAACCCCCCUCUUUUCAUCAGGACGUACUGUAUUUAUGUACGUCGCGCGAUUGAUCGACAUUAUGAUUAUGAUUCUGAGCAUUUCAAAGUAGUGAUGGCAUGUAAACUAUAAUAGUUGCCUGUAUCUGUGUGCGACUUGGUUUGACGUUGAACGUUGAAUAUGACAAUAAUGGAACAUGUACAACU